CAGACAUCAGUCGUCCCGCGUCCUGUCUCCAAUCACUCCGCACGAAAAUAAUCGAAAAGUUCGCCCUGUCAGAUCGAUUAAUUCUGUGUUAAUCGUAAAUAAUCCUAAUUACCCCUUCAAUUAAACCCGUUUGCGUUCGUCUAAUGUGUUCACGCACUCGUUCAAGUAAUUCCUAGAAUAUAACCUCACCCGUCAGUGUCCUGUGAAUGCAAUGAUCAGUGCGUUGUCCUCCAAAACGUAACCGAGAAUAAUUCCCCUCCAGAAUAAUUGAAUCCCCUUGAGAGCAUCAACCCUCCCCCAAUGCAAUGACAUCACCAUGUCCAAGCGUUUUGGAAAGGGUCUCGAGUCAGAAAGCUCGUCUCCAGCGAAGCGAGCGAAGCUAGAGGUGCCAAAGCCCCCGACUAUUCCAAAGAGACCGUCGAAGGAGGAGGACGACCUAUGGGGGGACGAUUUCCUCGAGGAGGACCUCGAGCAGAUAGACUUGAUAGCGUCGCAGGCAUGUUCCCAAGAGGUAAACGUGUCCACUGUGGAUUUGAACCACCGUGAGCCCAGGAGCAUCGUCAAGUACGGGAGCUCCUUGCUGCCAGGGCCCUCGACAUCAGCAGGGCCUUCCACCUCAGGACUGAUCAACGGAAGGAGAUUCACGAAUGGAGCCGGCAGUAGAAGGCCAGAGGCGCCAGCACAGCCACUGGCCAAGCACCAGAGGCUCAACUCAGACUGGAGGCCUCCAGCGUCCCAAAAACUGGGAUCUUCAGAGGUGACUCGAGAAAUUGACGACCUCCCCACGAUUGACCAGUUCAAGGGGGCAUUGAUGUCCCGAUCGAACCUCAACUCCACGUUUCAGAGCCAAGUCAGCAGUCAGGCGAGUCGAGCGGAGAAUGUGGACCCACAGGUGCAGGUGCUGACUGGAGAGCUUUAUUACUGGAAGGAGAAGCUGAAAAAAACCGAAAUGAAGGCUGAGAAGGAGAAAAUUGAGAAGGAGAAGGCCCUCCAGGAGGAGAAGAGGAAGUGGGAGGACAACAUCAAGGCGUUGACUAAGGAACGAGAGAACCUGAAGACCCAGUACGACCUCCAGGCCCUUCAGCUUGGCAGUCUCAUGGAGAAGUGUAAAUUACUGGAGACGAAUGCUGUUAAACUGGUGCAGCCGUCAACUUCAGCUGUCAAUUCACCAAAGAAUAAGAUCGCGAGGUGUGGGUCUGGGUCCAGGGCUGUCAAGGUUGAGAGCAGUGUCCAGGUGGACCUGCAUUCAGGGUUCCAGGGGGAACUGGAGGGGGAACUGAAGACGAUGGCUCGUAGCUAUCCUCUUGAGGGGAUUCCUGAGGCGACUUUCGAGGCUCCUGUCCCUGAAAAGGCUGUGGUGGAUGUCAAGGUUGUGGAGAAGAUUGGACAGAAGAAUCUGCCGAUCCUUCAGGAGGAGGAGACCUUCAGGAUCUUUGAGAAUCCCGAACUGGUUAAGCCGAUUGUGACUAUGGUGGAUGGGAGACAAUUGAGUACUGCUUUCUUCUGGAGUGAUGUUACUGGGAUGAUAAGGAAGACUAGCGUGGAGAUUAAUUCCAAGGACUGUUUUCCUAUGAUUAAUAAGAUUAUAACAAUUACUCGAGAACUCUUACUAAAUGCCACCCUCGUCCUCAAGAAGAUUUUUACAGCAAUGCAGAACGACGACAUCAGAGACAUGAACGAUCUCUACUUCUCGGACUUCUACGACACCCAGAUAAAUUACUCUCAGUCGUUGCAAGACGCCAACCCCUGGUACAAAGAGGAGAGAGGGAUCGAGGCGAGACGAGCCUUUGGGACUCUCUCCUACAUCGCGAAAACCUCGAACUACCUCAGUGAAUACAUCACAGGGAAAUCCUUUCUAAUCACUGAGGGCGACGAAGGGUUCAAGAGGUUGUCCAGCCAGAUGGAGAGGUACAAUGCUUGGGAGAAGAGGGGGCACGAGUUUGAAAUGCUGGAGAUGAUGCUGGAAUUCGUGACGACGGUGGGACUCAUCAGGAGGUCCCACCAGUUCGCUGGACUGAUUUGUGCCAUUGUGAUGACAUUUCGCAAUGCCCAGAGGAGAGUGCAAUUCAGCCAUCGGGGGCUGAAGUACGUCGGGGAAAUAUUCAGAGAAAUUGUUUUCUCGAGACCGUUGUUGCAGUGUUUCGUUCCGUUGACUGAUGUACUUAUUUGUUUCUGUGGAGCACAGAUUUUUAAUGUUAAAAUUUGUCCAUCACCCACUGAAAAAUCAGCUAUAGAAUUAUGGAAAGGAGCCCAGUAUUUCACUCCCAAUGCUUGUACUUUGGCAGUCUUCAUGGCUCAACUAAUGCGAUUUAAACUCGACGAAGUAACGACGAUCAAACUCGCCUUCUCCAUGUUAGCAUUUGUUUACAAAGCAUUCCUACUGAACAACAUCAGCUGGCCGGACGAAUCCAAUUUACAUUAUUGUAGAACAAAUUUACUGACUUUUACGAUAACGAUUUUGUACAAUUGUUCGAAGAUUGAUUUAGAGAAAGUUAGGAGUAGAUUAACUGCUGACGAGUGUCCCACUAGUAGUACCUGGAGGAGAUUGGAUGAUAACUUUUGGGGAGGGGUCAAGAGGAGACAGUUUAAUGCACUCAGAAGUGGAAUACGAUUCUUGAGUUUUUUGGCGAAACGUGAUCCAGACUUUAUUGUGAGGGCCAGUGAUGUGGACGAUCUUUUUCAACUUUUUAUGCAGCAAGUGACGAUGAUCGAGGGAUUUACAUUGCAUGAGAAUGAACGAGAGGCCUUAGCUCUGAUCACCUCCACAAUCGCCCUCGACAAGGCUUCCUCAGGUGAAACAGCCCCAUCCACUCCCAAACUUUUCACACCGAAAAGUGCCUUGAAAGACAAAUCAGACACAACAACAGAACCCGAGAACUUCUGCACGAGUUCCCACAAGAGCAGAAUGAAGAAUAUCAAAGUAUACAAAACGAAGCUUUAAUAAUUCCCAAGAAUUGUACUGUUAUUUAUGCAACUCUGUCCCAGUCACAAUCAUAAUGUUCAAUCUUUCGUUUUUGUAAAUAAUUGUACGUUUUUCAUAAAAAAAAGUGUUGAAUUUUUA